UGGAGAGGUGGCACCGGCGGGGACAGAGCCCCGGGACACGGCCCAGGGUCCGAACGGGACAGAGCCCGAGGACGCGGGGAUGGCCUCGGCGGGGACGGAGCACGAAGAAGGGGCCCCGGCGGGGAAAGAGCCCGAGGACGCGGCCGUGGUUCCGAAGGGGACAGAGCCCGAGGACGUGGCGGUGGUCCCGGGGGGGGCAGAGCCCGAGGAGGCGGUGAGGGAGGAAGCCCCGACAGAGAAAGAGCCCGAGGAGGCGGCGACAGUCCCGGCAGAAGCAGAGGGGACAGCCCGGUCGGGGACAGAACCCGAAGAGGGGACAGUCUCGUCGGGGACAGAGCCUGGGGAGGCAGAGGGGACAGCCCGGUCGGGGACAGAGCCCGCAGAGAGGACAGUCCCGUCGGGAACAGGCUCCGGAGAGGCAGAGGGGACAGUCCUGUCGGGGACAGAGCUUGGAGAGGCAGAGGGGACAGCCCAGUCGGGGACAGAGCCCGGAGAGGUAGAGGGGACAGUCCCGCCGGGGACAGAGCCCGUAGAGGGGACAGUCCCGUCGGGUACAGAGCUUGGAGAGGCGGAGGGGACAGUCCCGUCGGGAACAGAGCCCGGGCAGGCGCUAGGACAGGCGGUCCCAGAGGGGACAGUCCCGUCGGGAACAGAGCCCGGGGAGGGGACAGUCUCGUCGGGGACAGAGCCCGGAGAGGUAGAGGGGACAGUCUCGUCGGGGACAGAGUCCGGGGAGGUGCCGGGGACAGACCCCCAGGAUGAGGUGCAGGAGGCAGCCCCGACGGGCGCAGUCCCUGAGGUGGCGCUGGGGACGGUCCCCGAGGAUGUGCGGGAGGCAGCCCCGAGGGAGCCGGUCCCGCAGGAUGAGGUGCGGGAGGAAAGCCCGGCUGGGACAGUCCCUGAGGAGGGGGCGGCCCCGGAGGGGACAGUCCCCGAGGAUGCGGUGAGGGAGGAAAGCCCGGCUGGGACAGAGCCCGAGGAUGCGCUGGGGACAGUCCCCGAGGCUGAGGGGCAGGAGGGAGUCCCUGCGGGGACAGUCCCUGAGGAUGCGGGGCGGGAGGAAGCCCCGUCGGGGAUAGACCCGGAGGAUGCAGUGCGGGAGGAGGCCCCGGCUGGGACAGGGCCCGAGGAGGUGCGGGAGGAAGCCCCGGCUGGGACUAUCCCUGAGGAUGUGGGGCAGGAUGUAGUCCCGGCUGGGGCAAUCCCCGAGGAGAGAGCUGCCCCGGCGGGGACAACCCCUGAGGAUGCGGGGCAGGAGGAAACCCCGGUGGGGACAAUCCCUGAGGACGCAGUGCAGGAUGCGGCCCCCUCGGGGACUAUCCCUGAGGAUGCGGGGCAGGAGGAAACCCCAGCAGGGACAAAACCUGCGGGUGCGGGGCAGGAUGCAGCCCCGGCGGGGACAAUCCCCGAGGAGAGAGCUGCCCCGGCGGGGACAAUCCCUGAGGAUGCGGGGCAGGAUGCGGUCCCUUCGGAGACAGUCCCUGAGGAUGCGGUGCGGGAGGAAACCCCGGCUGGGACAAUCCCUGAGGGUGCGGGGCAGGAGGAAACCCCAGCGGGGACAAUCCCCGAGGAUGUGGGGCAGGAUGCGGCCCCCUCGGAGACAAUCCCUGAGGAUGCGGGGCAGGAGGAAACCCUGCCGGGGACAAUCCCCGAGGAGGGAGCGGCCCCGGCGGGGAUGGAGGAGGCUCCCGGGAGCCGGGGGGAAGCGGAGCCGGCGCUGGAGCCGCAGGGCGCUCUCCGGUCUCCGAGUGGCCCCGACGGCGCGGACGGAGCGGAGCCCGAGCGAAGCCCCGCGGCCCCGGCGGGGGCAGGAGAGGGGGACGCGGCCCCCGAGGCAGCGGAAAGAGGGGCCCCGGACCCCCAGAGCGAGUGGGGUCGGAGCCUGAACGGAGUGAGGGGUCGAGCGGAGGACGAGGAGAACGAGACGGGCUCGCCGGCAACCCCGGAGGAGGAGGAGGAGGAGAAGCAGGAGCACGACAUCUCCCUCUUCGUCAAGGCUGGCAGUGAUGGGGAAAGUAUUGGAAACUGCCCCUUCUCUCAGCGCCUCUUCAUGAUCCUGUGGCUGAAGGGGGUCAUAUUCAACGUCACCACCGUGGAUUUGAAAAGAAAACCUGCAGACCUGCAGAACCUGGCCCCGGGCACCAACCCCCCCUUCAUGACCUUCGACGGCGAAGUGAAAACCGACGUCAACAAGAUCGAGGAAUUCUUGGAAGAGAAGCUGGUGCCACCCCGGUAUCCCAAACUUGCCCCCAAGCACCCCGAGUCCAACUCUGCGGGAAAUGACGUGUUUGCCAAGUUCUCUGCGUUCAUAAAGAACCCGAGAAAAGAUGCAAAUGAGAAUUUGGAAAAGUCUCUGCUGAAAGCCCUGAGGAAGCUGGACAACUAUUUAAACAGCCCCCUGCCUGAUGAAAUCGAUGCUUACAGCACGGAGGAGAUCACCGUUUCCAGCCGGAAAUUCCUGGAUGGAGAUGAGCUCACUUUAGCCGAUUGCAACCUCCUACCAAAGCUCCACAUAAUCAAGGUCGUGGCGAAAAAAUACCGAAAUUUCGAUUUCCCCCCUGAAAUGACAGGGAUUUCCAGAUACUUGAACAAUGCAUAUGCAAGAGAUGAAUUCACAAACACUUGCCCUGCUGAUCAAGAGAUUGAAUAUGCCUAUUUGGAUGUGGCCAAGAGAAUGAAGUAACCAGAAGAUGCCUCCGUUCCUGGCUCCUGAGACGGGAAAGCAAAAGCCAGCAGAUGUUCUGCGGGGUGAUUUUAAAGUUCUGCUAUCGGCCAAUCCUUUAUAUAAUUGUACUGCAUUGUUUGCUCCUUCUUCAGUUCUCUGUGUGUAUGUUGGUGUGUCUUGCACACACGAGUCUCUUGUCCCUUCCAAGGUAAAGGCAUCCAUCAAUAUUAAAGAUCUGCUGAAUUUUGGGAAGCAGUGUAGGUCACACGGUGAUAGCAAACCCCCAGGUUAAACGGCUGAAUUUGGGGCAGGAACAGCCCUGUUUGUGCCCACCUUUCACCUGGGGGUGUUGCUGCCCCUGUUCUCUGUCCUGCAGUUGUUGCCACACCCCACAGUUAAGGAAAGGUUUCUCUUUGCUCCAGCAGCACCUGACUAAGCCAGGAGAGGGCCAACCUGCAGUGGGACCACACCUGGUGUCCCCAAAGUUUGUCCUCUGUGCCAGAGACCUGCAGGGCAGGUCGACCAGGAACAACCCCUUUUCACCUGGCACGGCCUUUCCUUUGGUGGGAAAAUAAAUAAGAAGAAUUCCUGCCUUCCUCUCUCAGGGCUGCAUAACCCAUCAACUUCCCCCCUGGUGCUCCCAAAGACAGGAACUCUGGCCUGGGGACUAUCUGCUCUUAGAUAUUUGAUGAGGGAGGAGGAGGGAGAGACUUGGUUGUCACUGCAGGCAGAAGAUGUGGGUGAACAUCCAUCCCCAGAUACUGAUGUGGGAUUUGUCAUCCUUCCAUGGCUCUUAUUUGGAUUUGGAAAGCAAAGAGGGGCAGAGGGUCUAAGAAAGGAACAAUCUUUCUGUAUUCCCUGACAGGAGGGGGAGCCGGGGGGGGGCGGGCUCUGCUCCCAGGGAACAAGGGACAGGAGGAGAGGGAACGGCCUCCAGCUGUGCCAGGGGAGGCUCAGGUUGGACAGGAGGAGGAAUUUGUUGCUGGAAAGGGUGGUCAGGCCCUGGCAGGGGCUGCCCAGGGGCUGCAACAACACACGGACUUCAUUUAGCAAUAUGGGUUUUAUUCGACAACAAAUGUGAGGCAGAGACACAGAGAGAAAAGAGAGAGAGGCAGGAGACAGUCAGAAGGAACCAGAUGAGCUUUAAGGUCCCUCCCAACCCAAACUAUUCUGAUUCUAGAAGAUUUAUGGACUCCAAAAAGUGACAUCCACAGCUCCUUCCUGCUGAGCAGGCCCUCGGCAAGGGCACAGGAGUAGAGGGUGCAACACUUUAGUCACAGGGUCACCUAAAGGUUUCCCUCCAGUGGGUUUUUGUGGACAAAAAACGCGUGAGAACAGCUAAAAAGGGCCUUUACAGCUCCUGCAGCCACAGAAAGACCCUGAAGGGCUAAUCAUUGCUGCUUGCCCACGUCAAACCUGCGCUCGCUUCCCAACAAAGCUUGACUUAAAGGCAACAGUCAGGGUCAGAGUGUGUCUGUGGAGGCUUUGCUGGGCAGUCCUGGGGCAGAUGUGUUUGGAUCCCAGUCAUCUGUCAGUCAGGUUCAACGUGCAGGUUUAGUUUGCCUUUAGAGAGGACGGACACACCUGCCCUGCCCCCCUCAACUGGGAACUCUCCUGCUGGGGUUGGGAGCUGAGCAGAUCCCUCACAGAUCACUGACUGGUACUGGAGUUUUCAAAUGCAUAAAUAUCUAGAGUAGAUAAAAAAUGAAAUCUGUACACUCUUUUCUUAUGCCUUACAAAUUUAAGUAGAAAAUAUACAAAUUCUUAAGUAAUUUGA